CAGACGGAGAGGAUCAUGCUGCUGCCAGACUUUCUCCUCCAUGAUCACCACCAUCACCAAAGUGAGCCCAGCUGAGUAAAAACGAUGCCCUCCUCCAACAGCACCAGCACCAGCUCCUCCAACAGCACCGGGGACUGGAGCGGGGACUACACCCGCGUGCGCUUCUGCGUGUCCACCGUGUCCUUCUCGGUGCUGUUCCUCUUCAACCUGCUCAUCAACUGGACCAUCGUGCGGGAGGAGCGCCUGCGCUCCCACGCCCGCUUCGCGCUGCUGUUCCACCUGCUGGUGUCCGCCCUGCUCUACCUGGGCACCAGCAGCGUCUUCUACUACCAGAUCCAGCUGGUGGACGCGCCGCGCGGCCGCGGGGCGUGCCUGGCCAUGAUCACGGUGCUGAUCAGCAGCGCAGCCAACAUCCUGCUCACCCUGACGGCCAUGGCCCUGGACCGGCUGUGCGCCGUCUGCUACCCGCUGCGCUACGCGUCCUGGUGCGCCGGCCGGCGCUGGCCCUGGCUGCUGGGGGCCGGCACAUGGAUGCUGGCCCUGCUCAUCCCGCUCAGCCUGCUGCUGCAGCCGGACCCCGGGUACCAGGGGACGUGCGGCCGGGAGCAGCUGAGGAAAGGGGAGCUCUGCAAGGUGGUGUUCAUCAGCCUGUGCGCCAUAAUCAUCCUGUACAGUUAUGUGAGGAUCCUGGUGGAGGGGAGGCGGCUGGGAGUGCUGAACCGGCGCAACCGUGCCGGCUGCAGGACCAUCGCCCUGCACGGCACCCAGCUGGCCGUGUACAUCCUGCCCAACUUUGUUAACUUUGUGCUGACUAUCUUGUAUAAGAAGGGGUUGAUUGAGCGGCGCACUAAGGAGCUGUCCGCCGUCGUCAUCUUCGCGUUCUUCAGCUCGGCGCAGUGCAUCGCCCCGGUGAUCUACGGCCUGCGUAAAGAGGAGCUGCUGGAGCAGCUCCAUCACAGGUUCCCCUGCUGUUCCCGGUACCUGAAGGCCGCCCUGGGGUGGACCGUGCAGGCCAACUGGCCGCACACGCAGCCCAGAGCGAGGGAGCGAACACUGACGGCGCAGACGAUCAUCUCCGCCGAGAUCUCACAAAUCCCAGAAGAGCAGGAGGAGGAAACUGGGCCGCUGUCAGUCGCCAGUUUCUCACAUGACUCGUCCUCAUACCAGGACGUUAUGGAUAAAGCCUGAUGGGAAAAAGCUGGUCCUAUGAGUCUCUCAUCAUCUGUGACUGGAACACUUGGAUGUGCAGCAGGUGAUUUCAUCUCAGGAAGGAACUCAGAAAAACACCUUUUUUCUAACUGGAAACUACAAGAUUUCAGGCAGGAGGUGCUGCUCCGUGGGACAUCCACAAGUUAUAUUUUUGACCUCUUCAUUUGGUGACUAACAGAUGCAGAAAUUUCCAUGUCCAGUAAUUGAUGCCAGAUGUGAUCAUGUGAUCAUUGGGGACAGAGGAUACGCACGGAUGUUGUUUCUGUGUCAUUCAUGCAGUGAAUAUUAAGAACUAGUUGCUGCACACAAACUUACACGAAGACGUUUCUCAGGGAAGUGGCAGCAGAGCUGGUUGGCAUGGCAACCGCAGCGACAGGAGCAUCUUGCAAGUCAGCUCACGCGUGAUUGUAAAUAAGAUAGGGAAGCUCUGCAGUUAUUUAACAUAAAUAUGUUUAUAUUUCUCAGGAAAAUGUAUGUGGUGAAGUGGUUGAAUGGUGGAUCUGAUCCGUGUUAAGCUAAUUUAUUUUAAACAAAUCAGAUGAGCCGCGCUACUUUUCUCAGCCACUCAUCAGUUUUUAGGUUUGGAUCGUUUUGUCUUCAUAUUUGUCUUCUGUCAGAUUACAGUAAAGAAAAAGUCCAAACUGCACGAUUCUGUGCCUCCUGUAUUUUGCUCAUUCGAAAGUUUUUCAAAUUUGCACGUUUAAUCAAACUAUUUUUCAAUUGGUCUGAUGCAUUUAAACUGUAUUUAAGAAACCAAAACAACAAAUAAGCACUUAUACUACUAAUAAUAAUGAUAUUAGGACAAUCCUUUUAUUUCCUAAC